CAACUCCAAACGCCUCUGUUAUCAUCCUAUAGUGAAAAAGAUCGAGAGAAAGAGAAGAGCCGCAGCAGAAAUGGGAGUUUUCACCUUCGUUUGCAAAGGUUCAGGAGAUGAAUGGAGUGCUAAGCAACUCAAGGGUGAUCUAGAAGCAUCUGCUUCUUGUACCUAUGAUCUUCAACGCAAGCUUGUUCAAGCUGCUCUUGCUUCUGACUCUUCUGGUGGUGUUCAGUCAUCUUUCUCCUUUGUUACACCUUCCUCCGCUGUUUUCCAGGUGAUCAUUGGUGGUGGUGGCGGCGGUGGUUCCAUUGGUAGUGGAGCAGCAGCAGCUCCUUCCGGUGGUGCAGCAGCUGCAGAAGCAGCUCCAGCUGAGGAGAAGAAGGAAGAGAAAGAAGAGAGUGACGAUGAUUUGGGAUUCUCACUCUUUGAUUAGAUUGGCAUUACUAUAUAGUAGUACAAUUUUCUGUUGCUUUCAUCUUUUGUUAGCUUCAUUUUGUUGGUUCUAAAGUUUUGAUAAAACAUUGGAUUAUCAGUUGCUGUUUAGUUGUCUCGUGACAUUGUGUUUCAUGGUUCUCUGAACUCAUUUUUGCUCUUGUUUUGAGUUACUUUCAUAAAGAAUGGCUGAAUCUCUUUAAAAGUA